UUUGGGAUGGUCAACCAGCCCUAUGCAAUUUUAUAGUACCGUCGUACUGGUUCGAUUGGCCCUCUGCCCUUUCAGCGGAUGACCUAUCACUGGCUCUCACCCCUCCUUGUUCAACAGGUAUGAGUCAGGCGUUGGGCAUUGCGAUCCCCGAUAUUGUGAGCACUCUAUUGGAUAUGAAGAUGCUGGCCUACUUUCGCACACAGUAUUACAUCGUGAACAACAAGGCGGAAGUGAAUCGACUCAUUGCCUCGAUGAGAGCACCGGACCCGAGUCGAUGUAUAGACAGAAACUGUCUUCACUGGACUCCGCAUUCAGUCGCUCCAAGCAUGAGAGGAGGACGUGGCAGUUCAAAACUGAAUCGGUCCACUGUAUCGGUUGAGGAAACGAGCAGUAACUCCGCGAACUAGACAGUGGAUGCGCACAUGGUGGCCCACCUAUGAUGCAAUUUCUUUUGGGAAAGAUAAUGUACAUUUUUCAAUGCUUUCCUUCCCUUAUUCUGUUGACGUCGGCAGGCUGUACAUACUAUUUCCCCUCGGAAUCAAUUUUACUAUUUUUCUUUUGCUGUGUGUGUGCUAUUUUUUAAUUACCUUCAACU